AUGGCCAAAUGGUGGUAUAACACCAGUUACCACACAGCUAUUCAAAUGACAUCCUUUAAAGCUUUAUAUGGACAAGCGGCACCCCCACAGAUAGCAUUGGUGCCUUACACUCAGGCUAAGGUGGCUGUAGUUAGAGACUAUUUGAGGGAAAGACAUAAGGUUGACAUUCCACUGAAACAGAACUUAAUACAGGCUCAGGAGAGGAUGAAAAGAUAUGCGGAUGAAAGGAGGAGCGAAAGAAGGUUUGAAGUUGGAAAUUGUGUGUACUUGAGACUGCAGCCUUACAGGCAAAGUUCUGUAGCUGUGAGAAGUAACACCAAGCUGUCAGCACGUUACCAUGGACCCUUUGAGGUGAUGGAGAAGGUUGGGGAAGUUGCAUACAAGUUGAAACUGCCAACAGGAUCCAAAAUACAUCCUGUUUUCCAUGUCUCACUAUUGAAGAAAAAGAUUGGAGAGCAGACUACACCUAUUCUGCAGUUACCAGAGGUUGAUGGGAAGGGACACUUAAGGGUUGAACCCGUAGCAGUACUGGACAGAAGAAUAGUCAAGAAAGAGAGUGCUGUUGCAGUGCAAUGGCUGAUCCAUUGGUGGGAACAGAUCCAGCAGAGGCAACAUGGGAAUUUGCUGAAGAAAUUGAGAAAUAGUUCCCUCAAUUUCAAUCUUGAGGGCAAGAUCUUUUUUUUUUAA